AUGAGAGGCUCCGUCGCCCAAUUAAAAGUGCCGAAACGACUCCAAAGAGUCGCACCAAUUGCCAAACUCAACAUCAAUAAUAAUGUUUUCCGUUCACCUCGCUAUUUGAUAGAACAACCAACCAUUGACAUUCCAGAGACGCCUGUCGUUGAAGUCGAAGUUCCUACAGCUACAGCGCCAUCAACUACAGCACCAACGAAUAACAUUCAUCAUACAGUUUAUCUGGCAACUCCGACAAUGACGUCAGUCAACUUGAACUUUGUUGAAACUGCUUUCGCGGCUAACCAGGAAUUGAGACGAGUACAAAGUCGGGCGCUGAGCCAAGAUCGAGGGCCGAAGGAAGAGCAAGAACGAUACCGAUUGAUGACACCCAGAUCUGAAUCCACUGAGAUUUUCUGGAGAUGGGCGAUCCACUUGAAAGAGAAGCAACGCACAUCGGCGCGCUUUUCUUGGUGUGCAACGGUGAAAAGAUGCUCGAUCAGCGGCCAGAGCUUGGAAGUUGUUUAUGAUAAGCUGUUUGAGCAAGACACGACUCUCUUCACGAACACCGUCGGAACGAUUUUCAAUUUGUUUCCCAAUCCUGCUCAUAAGCCAAAAGCGAAAUCAGAGCUGAAACGAAACGUCCGUUGUACUACCAUGAUGACUUCUACUUCGUUUGAUGAGGUCAACCGUGAACCACACAAGGAACGUGCCGUUUUACAAGAGCAAGUCAAGGCUAUU